GUAAACAAUGCUGCUACAAGCGUGCUGAAACGAGCUAUAGACUAUACUGCAGAAGAUUUCGAACGUUUAAUGGAAACCAAUGUUGCUUCCCCAUACCAUCUACGUCAACUCGCACAUCCACUCCUAAAAGCAUCUGGAAAUGGAAGCAUUGUAUUCAUUUCCUCAGUUUCUGGUGUGAUGGCCUUGCCUGCUCAGACUGUGUAUGGAGCAUCUAAAGCUGCAAUCAAACAAAUUACGCAAAACUUGGCUUGUGAAUGGGCAAAGGACAACAUUCGCACAAAUACGGUCGCACCAUGGGGUGUCAAAACCACCGUUAUGAAACCUGUAUGA